UUGGAGCAGAAGUGGCUGGAGGCCAAGCCUACGCGGCAUGGCUUGCGGGGCCCGGUGGCGGCCGCAUGCGCGAGCCUCUCGAGGAUUGGCUGGGCCGCGCUCUCGAGCGUCAUCCUGGGUGCCGACGAGGGCGACGUCAUCGUGGUCUUGCACGUGCAUCCCAGGGAGCUGCUGUGCGCCGAGGGCCGCAACUUCUUCGAGUGCCCGACCACGCUGGCCACAGGCCAGAGAGAUGGCGACGUGAUCGAGCCCACCUCCGAAAUGCAUGCCAAGGUUGAGCCGGGGCUGCCGGUGCGGUUCUAUAGCGGAGCGGCGGACCAGGACUACGACGCGUUCGACCUCGUCACGGCCAUGCCCGUUGUGUCCUACGAAGUUGGGUGUGCGGACGCCGCGCAUAAGAUCUUCAGGUGGGACGAGUGGUCGUCGCCUGAGGCUGGGCGGUCGACGAUCGUGGACCACGACGACUCGGGCCGCGACGCGCCGUGGCCUGAGCGAUGGAAGCUCUUUCAGGCGCUCCGCCACAUGUCCUACCUCCGCUUCGUCGUCGCGGACUUGGCGGCGCUGGCCAGAGAGGUGACGUAA